UACUACUACUACUACUACUACUACUACUUUACUACUUUACUACUGCCACAAAAAUGUCCGUUCAUCUGGAACCCGCGUCGCAACUCUCAUUUCGACGUCCAUUGACUCAAGUGACCAAAGAGUUAUUGCUCGUUACAAAUCCAAGCAAUGACCCUGUCAUGUUUAAAAUCAAGACAACAGCACCAAAGCAAUACUGCGUACGUCCCAACGCAGGUCGAGUGGAACCCAAUUCCCAAAUUGAAGUGCAUGUCAUUUUGCAACCAUUCAAGGAAGAGCCUCCAGCUGAUUACAAAUGCAAAGACAAGUUCUUGGUGCAAACGGCAGUAAUCAAGCCUGCUUAUGAAGCUUUGCCUAUUGCAGAUAUGUGGGGUCGUGUCGAACAAGAGGAUAAGGCUGGUAUUUUUCAGCAAAAGAUCAAGUGUGCCUAUUUGCCAUCCGAGGAGGACCCUUAUCUUGUGAACAAUGCUGCUGCUGCUGCCGACGAUGAACAGCAGCAGCAACAACAACAACAACAACAACAACAACAGGAACCUAUUCAGCAUCAGGCACUACCACCACAGCCAUCAUCACAACCCACUGCGCCAGUGUCCGAAAUUCCUGCACUUGCACCUGCACCUGCACAGGCGAACGAAGCUGAAAAUGUUGAACCAUCAUCACCUGAAGCAAUCGUACCUACUGCUGCUGCCACUAUGACUACUACUACCGCACCAUCACAGCAAGAGCAGCAACCCUUAGUCGAGUCGCCACCCGUUGAACCAGAGACUGUCUCGCCACCCGUUCAAACGCAAUUGGCCAACAUCGACCAGGCACCUGAACCCAAGCCCCGAUCAGUAUUGCCACCUGCCCCUAUUGAAACCUCAAAGCCUGAGCAGCAGCAACAACAACAACCAGAACAACAACCUGCUGUUGCAUCAUCAUCAUCAUCAUCAUCAUCAUUAUCACCUGCCACAUCCUCGCCCAAGGUGCCCGAAAUCGCUCCUGCGGUUACUACUGUGGAGAAAGAAUCAGAGGAGGACAAGGAAAAGACACAGCUCAAGGACGAUCUCAACAAGACACGGGAGUUGGUACAGCAAUUGCAGAAGCAAUUGGCCACGUUGCAAAAGGAGCAGGAGGCCAACAACAAGAGCAGUGGUGCACGCAAAUUACCACACACGGUGCAGCCCCAAGAUGCAGUGCACCAACAUUUGGCAGCAUUGGAGAAGAAGCAACAAGGUGUUGAAGGAUAUCCACCACAAGUCGUGUUGAUUGUCGCUGCAAUGACCUUUGUCUUUACUUACUUGUUCUUCUAAACACCCUUCCCCCCUCUCCUCCUCUCCAAAUCCACCAUCUUAUAUCUGCAACAACAGCAAAAGGCUUGUUUGCUUGGUGUUGAUGAAAAAAGGGAAAAAAAAGUAGGUGGAUGCGAAAACUAUUUUUAUUAUUAUUACUAUUUUUUUUACCCUACAGCAACCUCCAACCUAUCGACCAUGAUGCAACAAGCCCAAUUCACCAACAACGCGCUCAACACUAGCCCUACAAACCACCUAUAUACUCACACUUACACUUCAACUCACUCACCCCACAAAUCAACUUGGCAUAAAUGAAUAUAUUAUAGGAUAUACAUACUUUUUAGUAUACUAGUAGCCCCAACUCCCAUAAAACCCAAAAAACAAGAAACCUCUUCCUGCUCGCAAACAAUCAUAAAAUAAAGGCAAAAAUCAAGGGU